AUGUCUGUCGUGGUGUAUCCUGUUCUCUGGUACUCGCUGGCUCAUCCUGAAUUCCUGCUCACUUUGAGUUCUUGCUCACUCUACAAUUGGGCGAAGGGCAUGUUCGUUAAGGAUAACUUUGUCUUUAACGGCGGCUCUAAGAAUUCUUCGUAUCUUUCGUCGUCGCUAUCGGCCAACUCGGUACCUUUACGAGAAGGGAAAUCGCGAUUUAAAUCAAAAUUAAAAUCGCUCUCUUACUACAGUAGUUAUAUUAAAGGGGGUAGACUAGGAUUAGGAUUAGGAUUAGGACCAAUUGUUAGAAUCGCUAAAAUCGCUAGGAGAAUUAACGAAAGUAUCGUCGUCAAAGAAGCCUUUCUACUCUUUAACGUUAAUAAAGGGAUCGCUAUCGCUAUCGCUAUUAAUAUUAUCGAUUUGGGUAAGGUCGAUAGCUACGCCGUCAUCUAA